AUGAGUAGUGCUAUUUUUUAUAGGUUCAAGUCUCAGAAGGACACUUCUAGAAUACUUUUUGAUGGUACUGGUUUGACGGUUUUUGAUUUAAAGAGGGAGAUUAUACUAGAGAACAAGCUUGGUGAUGGGACUGAUUUCCAGAUUCGUUUGUAUAGUCCUGAUACGAACGAGGAGUAUGAAGAUGAUUCCCAGGUUAUUCCUCGGUCGAGCAGCAUUGUGGUGAGACGGUCUCCUGCGAUCAAGGCAAUUUCUGUUAAUGGUCGCCAGAAGAGCAGUGGUUCGAGUACUAUGGGGAAUGCGACUAGAUAUGUUACUGGUAAGCCGAGAGUGUUUCAGAAGAAGGGUGGUGCCAGUGGAGGGGAAUCUGGAUCUGGGGGUGGAACUGGGAAUGUGUCAGUUUCUGUUUCUGGUGUCACCGAAGAGGAACGUAUUGCCAAUAUGUUUGCUAAUCAAGAAAACCAAUGGGAGCAGACGCAGCAGGAGAUGUCUGCGGCUACUCCUAUUUUUUAUAAGUCCAACAGUGGACCGAAUUCGAUGGAGAACGAGGGUCCUCCACCUCCUGGGUAUAUGUGUUAUAGGUGUGGUGGUAGGGACCAUUGGAUCAAGAGUUGUCCAACAAACAGCGACCCAAACUUUGAAGGUAAAAGGAUCAGAAGAACCACUGGUAUUCCUAAAAAGUUCUUGAAGACUGUCGAGAUCGAUCCGGAGUCGAUGACAGCGGAGGAAAUGGCCCAAAGAAAAAUCAUGGUUACAGAUGAAGGUAAAUUUGUUAUUCAAGUGGCAGACCAGUCUUCGUGGGAAGAGUACCAACGUAAGCAACAGAAUAGACUGAUAAAUGGUAAUGAAUCGAUAUGGAGGAAAGACCACUUUAAAAACUUGCCAGAUGAAAUGAAAUGUCCAAUUACUGGCGGUUUAUUACGGGAUCCCGUCACUACAAGCAGAUGUUGUAAAAAAUUCUUUUCAAAAGCCGCUAUUGAAAACUAUCUAUUAGAAAGUGAUUUUGUGUGUCCUGGUUGUGAGACUCCUGAUAUUCUAUUGGAUUCAUUGGUAGAAUCUAAGGAAAAGAAAAAUGAGGUAGAGAAAUAUAUAAAGGAACAUGAAAAUGAUAAAGAACCAGCGGGGGAUAAUUUAACAAGAAAUCAUGAUGCCAUUGUGCAGAACGAGGCAGAUAAAGAAGUAAAGAAAAGAAAGUUAGACGAGCAAAGUGGUUCCCCUACAAAAGUUAUUCCUCCAGUGCCGAUGCCAAUGCCUCCUUUUGGUAUGCCGCCUUUCCCAAUGCCUUUUAUGCCAUUUCCAAUGCCUACUCCUCAGCAGCAGCAACAACAACAAAUAAGUAACAAUAAUGAUGGUAAUGGUAAUAUUGCGAAUAAGAAUGUUAAAAAAUAA